GUUACUUUUCCUCUCACCCACCAAGCCCGCUGAGCUCCCGACCAUGCCCGAGCCCGCCAAGUCCGCGCCCGCCCCGAAGAAGGGCUCCAAGAAGGCGGUGACCAAGGCGCAGAAGAAGGACGGCAAGAAGCGCAAGCGCAGCCGCAAGGAGAGCUACUCGGUGUACGUGUACAAGGUGCUCAAGCAGGUGCACCCCGACACCGGCAUCUCGUCCAAGGCCAUGGGCAUCAUGAACUCGUUCGUCAACGACAUCUUCGAGCGCAUCGCGGGCGAGGCGUCGCGCCUGGCGCAUUACAACAAGCGCUCGACCAUCACGUCCCGCGAGAUCCAGACGGCCGUGCGCCUGCUGCUGCCCGGCGAGCUGGCCAAGCACGCCGUGUCCGAGGGCACCAAGGCCGUCACCAAGUACACCAGCUCCAAGUAGACGCGCGAGCGAGCGGCCUGACUCCUGAACCCAAAGGCUCUUUUCAGAGCCACUCAGUCUUCUAAAAAGAACUGACUCACUCUUUAUACCGGAAUGAGGGAAUUCAAAGAUAAUAUCCAGGAGAGAAAAUGGGAACAGAAUUUAGAGGCAUUAAGAUACCUAAACACUUACGUCCCGGGCCUGGAGAAUGUGAAUAUGUUAGAGUCGCCAAAGGAAGAACGCACGAGGCCAAAGUGGGACUGCUUGAGUGACCUGGAAUUGUCGGCAGAGAAGACGAUGUCUAGAAGAAUAUGGAGGACGGUGGCUAAAGUCAGCAGCAAGGAGAUGAACAUGCAGAGGGCAUUUUGGCCCAUCUAGACAAGGUUCACACAGCGGGGCCCUCACACGCCAGCAUUUAUGUCACUUUAUUGGUUUUCAUUGGAAUUUAUAGCUGGUAGCUCCAAUAAUUCACAUGAUUUGCUCCAAAUAAUUUUUGUCAAUAUUUUUUACCUAAAGAAUAAUUUCUAGAACAGAGAGAAAGAGAUUGAAGCAUAGAAACGGAUGAGAAAAAUCUGAUUCUAAAGGUCAGUUUUUCCUGAGUUUUAUCACCUGAGUAGACUGAUGCCUGCUAGCUGGGUGUCGUGGAUACUUCAACGAGCCUGUGAUUCUUUCUUUUUCUUUAAUCUUCACUCAAGGAUAUGUUUAUUGAUUUUUUUUUUGAGAGAGA